GCGGUCUGCGCUGGAGUCGACGGGGCAGCUGCCGCGACUAGAAGGAGACACUUUUAGACUCGACAGGAGACACCUCGCAGCAGGAGAAGAGAUGUAUAUGUCUCCGACCUCAGAGGUGUCUCUGCUGGGGUUGUAUAGCAACGAAGAUGGCAACUACGGGUCUGAGCACCGCGGGCUGUAUCGACAGCGCACCUUUUACAAGACGGAAGUUGCUGCUGUCUGUACACCUGAACAAUCGGAGCAGCUGCAGCAGCAGCUGCUGCAGCACGCGGAGCAGCUGCUGCAGGCGCUGCAGCUGCCUUACCGAGUGGUGCAACUGUGCGCUGGAGAGACAGCUUUUGCUGCUGCUGUUUGCUUCGACUUGGAGGUGUGGAUGCCAGGCUUGCAGCGCUUUCUGGAGGUCUCUUCUGUCUCCAACUGCAGAGACUACCAGGUUCCCGGAGUGUUUGCAGCGGGCGCUGUUCAGAACAAGCAGCAGCAGCAGCGGCAGCAGCAGCAGCAGCAACAGGGAAGGAAACGGCCUCAGUACUGCCACACUCUCAACGGGACCGCCUUGGCUGUGGGAAGGGUUUUGGCUGCCCUUGUGGAAAACCACCAUUGCACUACAGAUGAAGGAGAACCUGCUGUCAAGCUGCCGCCCCCUUUGCGGCCCUUCUUUAACGGCAAAACCUACCUCACUAGGGGCCCUUGA